AUGCCCCACCAUUCUUUAGGAAAGACUUGGCCAGAACUCCGGCAGCUUUCUGGCUUUGGCACAGGGCACAACCAUUCAGUGCUCCCUUCCCUGAAAAAAUAUCUUUACCGUCUUGGUUAUCUGGACACAGUUGGGGACAUAGGAGCGUUCCCUCGUGUUUUUGAUGAACAUCUCCAGGCAGCCAUCAAGAUAUACCAACUGUUCUUCAACCUCAAUGCUACAGGAAUACUCGACUCUGCAACAAUGCACCACCUGAUCCAACCGAGGUGCGGCGUAAGAGAUAUCAUCAAACCCCCAAUCUGGGCAAAAAUCCACCGGAAUAUUAAUGUUAUCGGCAACUCAAUUUCAACGCUCUGUAAGCUCAAUGGUGCUCGCUGGCCAGCAUCAAGGAGGAACUUCUUGUACAAGAUCUGGAGGACGGCCGACCUUGAAAGAAAGAGGAACAACCUGCCAUAUCCUAUAGAAGAUCUGAGACCAGUGUUCCGUGCAGCAUUUGAAACAUGGGCCGCCGUCUCGCCGUUCGUGUUCGUAGAGACGUUAUUGAGACCAGACAAUCUACACAUCGUCUUCUACAGAGGGAAGCACGUAAGUUGUCCGAUGGCAUUUGAUGGUCGUGGUGGGUCGCUGGCGCACUCUUUCGAUCCACCGAUUGGGAUCACUCACUACGACGCAGAUGAUUUAUGGGCGAUCGACCCUCAGAAAUUGGCAGAAACAGAGGGGUCGAAUGACCUGCAGUCAGUAGCCCUUCAUGAGCUCGGCCAUCUGUUGGGGUUGGAUCAUAGUUCAGUCCCUGAAGCAGUCAUGCAUCCUUCCCUGAAACCUCAAACAAGGAAGGUGGAGCUCCAUGAUUGCAACCAUCAAGGCUCUGUAUCCCGACGGCUGAUUGAUUCUCAAGGCUUUGACAUGGCUCUGUAUCCUCAGGGCUUAGUGAUUCUUAGAGUUUAA